UCUUCUCCCCACGUGCUUUGGUCGCUGCAGCCAAUAACCUGUCUACACACGCACGCGCAAACGCACACAGAGGACGAAGACUUGCAGUCGGACUUUCGUAGAAUCUUUGAGGCACCUGAUGGCAAAGUCAGUAUGACGCUACGGUUUGGUUCCUCUUUGCUUUGGGGGCAGAUGAAGUUCUCAUCAGGACUUUGGUGAAAGCGCGUAUGGAACAUAACAUAAUACGAGUGUGAUGUUUGGACGUUAACUUUUCUCUUUAUUUGUGAUUUUGCCACAUUUUUGCCAUACCUAAUUUUUGGACUUUGCGCAUGACGCAGAAGCCAACUUGAAGAAGCUUCCAACACCAGUCGGAUAAACUGAUGCCGUGAGGAGACAACUGAACACAUUUUCCAGCGUUUUCCUCGUUUGGAACUGCAUUACAAUGACGGGAUAUUCAACAUGAAGACAGGCGUCUCAUCCAUCUCCAUCCAAAAUGAGCUCCAAAGUUCUCGCUCUUCAUUUUUUAAUCAAGAAUGACGACAAACACUCAGAAAACACCUUUGAUAGCGGUUGCAGUAGAUAUCUCUUUAUAGUUCUUUAGAAUUGGGAGCCGGGAGAAGUUUCCAUCAUUGCUUUUCCAUUUAGAGAAAUGAUACACCUAAUGAAACCUGACCUUUAAACUGAGAUAUUUUGGCAUUUUUAGAUGGAUUAUCCCGCACCAUACCACUCAAAAAACAUGUUGCAUACCCCUGUGCUUCUGUCUGUGGCGUUACUUUUGAGAGUGGCCGACUGCCGGGUCGUAGAGGGAUUGCAGAGAUAUACUUCAAUCCCCACAUAUCUGCCUGUCAACUACCAGGUGCUCAACACUGACUUGGCAUUUUUUCUCAAAGAAAGCAAUCAAGACUUCAUGAGGAACUCUAGCUUGAUGUCACGCACUGAGCCUUUCUUCAUCUACCAGGCCAGGAAUUUACCCUCAGUCAACUCCAGCUAUGGGCCCCUGUCUGUGGAGCAGCCGGUCCCUUUAGAGCUCCUCCAAAGCCCGGGGACCUUUCCUGCGUCAUCACUUUUUACUUUUAAUUGGAAGGUACAGACAUUUAUCAUGAAUACAAAGAUUCACCUGGCCAAGCCCAAAGUCCAGGUUCUGUUCUACAUUGCAGGCAGGGACUGGGAUGACUACAGUGCCAUUAACAAGCUUCCCUGUGUGCACAUGUUUGCAUUUCAUGAGACCCAAGAAGUUCACGGCACUUGCCAGCUGAAGGGGGAGCUCGGGCUUUGUGUGGCUGAGCUGGAGCCCUUGGCAAGCUGGUUCAGCCCACCUAGCAUUGUGCCAGGACGACAAAAGAACCUGGAAGCAUCUGACGGAACCCCAGUGGAGCUCUACUACAUCUUGCAACCCACUGAGAGAGGGGAAUGCCACUCAGAGGAGGCCAAGAAGGAAAACCUCAUCCGUUCAAGCCAGGAAGGACUUUUUGGUUCCUAUACGCCCACGCCACUGAGAAGGAUUGGUGGUGUGAGGCUCUAUCAGAACCCCAUUCCACCCCAACUGGCUGAACAUAGACUGGAUCAUAACUUUAUGAUUUUGGUGCCCACCACACCAGUGAGCCAGAGAGAAACAGUCUCAGCCUAUGUCACAGUGUCAGCCUACUCUCCUGUGGAGAUGUUUACACUCAGAGUGAAGCUGAGAGAAGGAGUGACGUUCCUCGGGGCUCGUCCCAGCAACCCCACACAGUGGAUAGUAAGUCAGGAUGUGAGGAGCGAAGGUCAUCGUGUAGUCACACUCCGCUGCCGCAGGAAGGAGUCCAGCUUUGAUCAGCAGGGGGCUGACAUGGGAGUUCAGAGGGUGCUGCAGGUGGAUAUGAAAAUGGAAAGUUUCCCAGAGCUGCUGGGCAGCCGCUGGAUGGCGUGGCAGGUGGAGUACCCGGCCAGCGGCUCUGCUACACAGGAGGCUGACACAGAGAUCCGAUUGGCACAAGAGGAUGUGGCAGGCAUUGUGCCCUUGGCUAUGGAUUCUGAGAUUUUAAACACAGCAGUUCUGACUGGGAAGACAGUGGCGGUCCCUGUGAAAGUGGUAACCAUUGGAAUAGACGCUUCAGUAACUGAUGUCUCUGACGCAGUGACGUGUCGCUCCACAGAGGAAGAUGUGGUCAAGGUGUCAGAGAGGUGUGACUAUGUUUUUGUGAAUGGCAAGGAAAUGAAGGGCAAAGUGAAGAUGGCAGUGAACUUCACCUACACCUACCUGAGUGCUCAGCUGGAGCUUGACGUGUGGAUCCCUCGACUUCCCCUCCAGAUUGACGUGUCUGACACAGAGCUGAGCCAGAUCAAAGGGUGGCGGGUGCCCGUCAUGCCCAGCAGUCACAGGUCCACACGGAACAGCGAGGAUGAUGAUGACGAGGACAGACGAGGACGAGGCUGCACCCUGCAGUACCAGCACGCCAUGGUCAGAGUCCUGACUCAUUUCGUCGCUGAAUCUUCCGAUCCCAGAGGCCAGACCAGCUUCAUGUUGGGCACGGAUUGGCAGGUGGACAUCACAGAUCUAGUGUGGGACUUCCUCAAGGUGGAGGACCCACAGAUCGCAAAGCUGCUAGACAGACGGAUACUGGUGGGACGUGACAUGGGAAUGACCACAAUCCAGGUGUUGUCUCCUCUAUCAGACUCAAUCCUGGCAGAGAGGACCAUCACAGUGGUGGAUGACAAAGUGACCAUCGCAGAGUUGGGGGUCCAGCUGGUCACAGGACUUUCCAUGAGUCUGCAGCUCAGUACUGGAAGCAACAGAGCCAUCCUGGCUACCACAACCACACAGGAAGUCCUGCAGAACCCCAAACAGGAGGCCUUGAUUAGCGCCUGGUUGCAGUUCAGCGAUAGCUCUGUGGCUCCAUUAGAUCUGUACGACCCUGACUUUUUCAUCCUGACAGCCACCUCCCUGGAUGAGGACGUAGUGAGGGUACAGCAGGACCCCUCGUGGAAAUGGCCUGUCAUUGUGACCGAGGCAGAGGGCCAAGGACUGCUGGUCAGGGUGGAAAUGACGGUUUGUGAAAUUUGCCAGAAAUUCAAACGGCGUAGCAUCCUUGCGGUGGGUAACUGUAAUGUCAAGGUGAAGUUUGACUCGGAUGACAGUUCAAGGGGAGGGACCAAUGAUUACGGCACUGAUGGAGAGGAUCUGGACAACAGAGGCAGGCCGCCCUCACCUGACAGAAUUGGUCUUGACACCCAUUUUUAUGGCAGCUCAGUCUCUGACAUUGAGGAAGGGGUACUGAAUCGGGCCACCACUACAAGAAGCGCAAUCAUGAGGGGACCCGAUGGAGAUAAACUCUCCGUUGAUGGGAGUGAGAGGAUGCCGACUGAUUUUGCUGACUUUCCUGCUCAAGUGGACCUACCCCGUGGACGCAACAUGGACGAUGACCUCAUGCAGACUACUCGGGGUCUCACAGACCUGGAGAUUGGCAUGUAUGCUCUACUGGGAGUCUUCUGCCUGGCUAUACUGGUAUUUCUUAUAAACUGCAUCUCCUAUACACUCAAAUACCGCCACAAAGAGUUUUCCAUAGAAGGCCAAGAGAACAUGAACCAUGCCCAUGAUUGGGUGUGGUUGGGAAACGAGGCAGAGUUCCUAGAGAGUGAAAUCAGCUUGUCCCCCCAGCAGGAGGAGCAGACCUCCAUGAUAGACUCCAGCAGCGGACUGGAGGAAGGCAGCCACUUGUUAAACGGAGGCUCGGCUCAGAAGAACGUGCAGGGCCAAGUGCACCAGGCGGCCGACACCGGCUGCUUGGCUAAAGAGGGCAAAGGGGAAUCGCCCACCACCAAGAGAAAGCGAGUACAGUUUACUACAUUCACCACCAGGCCCUCGGACAGUGGUUUCCCAACUGUUAGCACUCUGACUCGAUGCCACAAUCAGGACAUUAAGUGGGUGUGUCAGGACGUGACGCUGGAAGACUCUAAGGAGUUACGUAAUUACAUGGAAAGGUUAAAUGACAGAGCGUUAAAAGAGGUGGUAUAAUAGACUCGUGACAAAAUCACAUGUAUGCCUUUUGUGGGAAAGCAGGUUUGGAUUUAAAGCUCAACUCGGACAUUUGCUUGAGAAUCACAUCCAACCUGCUAAAGGCUCAAAAAUAUCAAGGAUUGUCACUUUGCCACAGAUUUAACGUGACACCAAGAAAUACGUCAACGAAUGAGAACUCGAGUUGGUUCUUUUUCUUUUAUUCAGCAGUUUUUGUUAGCAACUUAUUCUUACAGGUUUUCCCAACCAAACUUGUGAACUCCAGAUGGCAUGUAGAUUUUAAAAGAAACAAUAGAUGUUCAGAAUAUGUGUGCACAUUAAAUGGUUUUUGAAAGGUUUUGUAACACGUCGGUUCGAAAUUUGUCCGUGCAGAUUGUUGCUGUUUAAGAGCUGUGGAAAGGCCAACUGAAAACCCCCGCAUGGGCACAUGGGUUUUGUUCAUCAUCAUCAUCCUCCCAACAAGGCAAAGUGUACAACCUCAUGCAAAAUGAAUUGUAUUGUUGCUCUGUAUAUUGUAUUUCCCUAACAUUUAAGGAAUAUAGAACAAUGUCAAGGGUGUAUAUCAGGUUUCAUUCAAUGCAGCAUCUUCAAACACCCUAUUUGUCUGGAUAACUGUUACUGUUUUGUUAGUGGAGGAAGUGGGGUUGCGGAGGGGGCAAAAUUACACAUUAAUCUUUGUUUUAAGAGUAUUUCAUAGGAUGCAAUUUAGCCCCAAGCCACAAAACAAGCUCAUCAGGACUUUAUUGCUUACCAGUGAAGAAAAACAGUGGCCAUUAAGGCACCCCGGUCCCUUAAAGAUCUGUCCUCACAGGAAAUCGACAGCAUUGAAGAGCUUUUAAACUAAACAGCUGGACAACAUGGUAAUGUGACAUUUCUUAUGCCAAGCCUGGAUUUUGUAAGCUUUGACAAAAAUACCAAUUAAGGCCUCGAUAACCUCUGCCCACAGACACCAAAAUAGCAUAUUGAUUGACAAACUAAGGUCAUGUGAAAAGAGGUCGAAUUACACAUGUUGUCCUUUAUAGACACAAAUUGUUACAUAAUUGCACAAACAAUAAUCAUCUUUGAAAUUGUCCCAAACAAAGGCAGCCGUCUGAAAAAUUGUAUUUUUCUUAGCGAGUGUUAUUAUCACAGUAGUGUCGGCUAAUUGCAUUUUUUUUUCUGGAUGUGCGUGUUAUUAUUUUCUAUCAAGCAGAGAAAUGUUCCCAUUAUGUUAACUGUUGCUGCAGUGUGCCUCAGAUUGUUAAUCAGCAACACUCGCACUAUUAUAAUGUGGAAGACGGGAGAUCUGAGAUACUUCAGCAAACAAAUUAGGAAAGUCAUAGAACAUGACGCACAGAGACACACAUGUAAGAAUGUUUUGUGACUUUCUGGCUCUGAUUAAAUUAGUUCAAGCAGCUUUAUGGUUGACUUGUUAACACCUUUCGUUUCUUGCUGAUACCAAAGCAAAAUAUUGCGUUACCUUGUGAACCUCAGAUCACAUCAGACAGUAAAUACCCAUUAUUAUGGCUAAGAAAACAAGUGUAAUUUGAGUAUUUUUGACCACCCCAACCAUUAACCCAUAAACCGCCUUUCCCAUGCGACUCGGCUUCAAAUUCAAACGAUCUUGGUUUUGUGCCACCACGGAAAAACUCAGCAGCAAUGUCUUUUUUGGACUUAAACAAAAAUAUUACUCCUACUCCUUCCUGUUCGUUAGCACACGCUGUUGUUGUGAUCACAUGGGCGCUAUCUGGCCGUUACUGGGUAGAUGUUAGAGAUGUUUGAGUCAACUCCAGAAUCCUCCCCUUCUCUCUUUAGUUGCCAUUGUUUACUCAUGACCCAAUCUAAGUUUAUGCCUUAAAUAUGCCUCACACACUAAUUUAUUUAAAAUCUAGGGGCUCUUUUUUUGCACACCUGGCCUGCGCCACCUACACCACGCCAACGGGGUGUGAGCGGUGCAGUGCUACGCCCCCGUGCUACGUCCCCGUCCUUCCCACCAGUGCAAGUGGCAAAGAGGGAAGAGACAGGGUUUAACACAUUCGAGUGUAAUGUUAACCAAUCAAAUGAAUGCCUCUCAUUACCUUUAACAUACACACGGCCCACUAGACUCUCAUUAGAGGCACACCACAACGCGUGUCAUGCAAGACGUACACCACCUUGUGCAACACGACAUCUUUGACUCGACUUGCCCCGCACCACAAAAUCAACAUUUUACAAGUUAAAACUUCAACUAAAAUAGUUGUAAUUCAGCCACAUUGGCAAGAGAGGCCAGUAGUCGUUUGGACGUUGUUGUUGGAUAAUUCUCUUGGAUAAUUCAUUGCUGAGCUCUUGGGGUAAUUUUGGUUGGCCGGCCACUCUUGGGAAUGUUCACUACUCUUCCAUGUUUUCACCCUUUGUGGAUAAUGGCUCUCACUGUUGUCUGCUGGAGUCCCAAAGCUUUAGAAAUGGCUUCAUAACCUUUUCCAGGCUGAUACUGUAGAUCUCAAUUAAUCUC